AUGGCAGCAAAGCCCAGCUCGAAGCUUAUUUUUGCUCCCGCCGGUGAAAAAUCCUCCCCACAAGCCGACCAAUAUACAAAGGGCACACUAGAGCGCCAUCAACUCUCACCCUCCCCCUUCACCCAAUUCCACACCUGGUUCACCCAUGCCCAACAAUCCCACGUCCACCAACCCGAAACCGUCUGCCUGUCCACCGCCCAUCUACCCUCAGGCUCCGUCUCCAGCCGAUUCGUCUAUUUAAAGGAACUCGACGCCACCGGCUUUGUCAUUUACAGCAAUUGGGGCACCAGCCGGAAAGCCCAAGACGUGCAGUCGAAUCCACGAGCUAGUUUGGCAUUUUGGUGGCACGAGCUGGAAAGGCAGGUCAGGGUUGAGGGGACGGUGGUGAGGUUGAGCAGUGGGGAGAGUCAGGCGUACUUUGGGUUGAGGGCGAGAGGGUCGAGGGUAGGUGCAUGGGCUAGUGAACAGAGUAAAGUGUUACCCGAGGAGAGUGGUGGGAGAGAGGUGUUGAAUAGUAGAGUGAGGGAUGUCGAGAGGAGGUUCGAAGGCGUAGAAGAUAUUCCUGUGCCAGAAUUUUGGGGCGGGUUGAGAGUGGUGCCUGACAUGGUAGAGUUUUGGCAAGGUAGGGAGAGUAGAUUGCAUGACCGGUUCAAGUACGUUAGAGAUGGAGGAGAAGCAGAUGGAUGGAAGAUUGAAAGGCUGAGUCCAUGA